AUGGCAGGUGCCGGUGCAGAUGCCCCCGGUAUCAGACUCGUGUUCUUUCCCCUCCUGGACGAGGCGCCCCUGAGCUGCGCGGGUCGCCCCCGCCGGCCCUUUGAAGCCCCGGGGCCCUUCUCAACCGGCGCGUCUGUCCCCCCGGGCAGGCCACUGCGCCCGCCCGGCCGGCGACGCUGCAGACGCUCCCGCGCCGCGGAGGAUGAUGCAACGUUUGCAUCAUGCAGCUCCGCGGGGAAACGCUGCCCCCUGGCGGCCGCGCCGGGCACGGCGGGCCGGGCAACUCCUCCUCCGCCGCUGUGGACUCUGGCAGCUUUAUCGCCAGGGUCCCCGAACUCUCGCUUUCUUUUCUAUCCCCUGCAUCGGAUCACCGACGUGCCCCACCAUGUCACAGACACAGCGGUGGACACCAGCUCCGAGAUCACCACCAAGGACUUAAAGGAGAAGAAGGAAGUUGUGGACGAGGCAGAGAAUGGAAGAGACGCCCCUGCUAAUGGGAAUGCUAAUGAGGAAAAUGGGGAGCAGAAGGCUGACCAUGAGCUCGAUGAAGAGGAGGAAGAAGGUGAUGGUGAAGAGGAGGAUGGAGAUGAAGAUGAGGAAGCUGAGGCCACCACGGGAUAAAGGGCAGCUGAAGAUGAUGAGGAUGAUGAUGCUGAUACCAAGAAGCAGAAGACGGAGGAGGAUGACUAGACAGCAAAAAAGGAAAAGUUAAACUUAAAAAAAAAAGGCCACCGUGACCUAUUCACCCUCCACUUCCCGUC